CGUCCCCAUCUCAUCUCACUUGCAUCUCGCCGCCACUCCUCCCAAUCCCGACAUGGACGCCGCCUCCUGUCCGGCGGCACCGCCGCCACACCCCGCACCCAACACUUGACCUCACACACGCUGCCUCUCCCACUCCUCUAGCGCCGUCUCCAUCCUCGUCGCUAUACAUCCACUCCAGCGCGCCGCCCACAUCCACAAAUCGAUCAGCACCUCAGAUCUGCAUCAUCGACGUCCAGCCAGUCCGGCGCCAUCUCAUCCCCAUCGACCGGCGCCCCCUUGCUGUCCAGCGCCGACUCUAUCGCCAUCGACCGGCGCCUCCCUCGUAGUCGAGCGCCACCCCCUUGACGUCCAGCAGCCCACCUCGACGUCCAGCCACUCCAGUGCCUCCCCAUCGACUGACGCGCACUCGUCUUGCAGAUCCGCCUCCCUGCCUCGUCCUCCUGCUUCCCUCCAGUCCAGCGCCUCGAAAGCACCAAAAAGUGUGUUGUGAAGGCCAAGUUUGAGAAGUGGUGGUGUCGCAGAGCGCAAUCCUCUCCAUUGACAGCAUUAUUGAAUGGCGGAGCGUGGGUGGAUGUAUAGUGGUUGGACUCACAGUAAAUCAACUGAUGAGUGGCAUAAUAAGACAAAAGAAUUCAUAGAUUUUGCCUUCUCUAUGCCAAGUGUAGUCCAGAAUGGAAAGAUUAAGUGUCCAUGUGCUAAAUGUCGAAACUAUGAGAGCAAGAACAGGGAUGAUGUAGAGUUAGAUAUGUGUCAUUUUGGUUUCAAGCGGAAUUAUACUGUUUGGACUGCACAUGGUGAAGGGCAUGUUGAAAUUACAGACUAUGUAGAUGCUGCGGAGGCUGAUCGGAUGGACACUAUGUUGAAUGGUCUAGCUGCGCGUGCCCCCCAAAUUGAACAACAACCAAUAGCUUCAAAUUGUACUAUAAAGAUAUUGUGAAGGAGCCCAUCAAAGAUCAUGAAGCAUGUCAAAAAGAACUUAGCAAAAACCAAUACAUGCAAGCUCAGCUUUAUUGGUGCACUAAUCAUGAAGUGUGGGAAAGCAUAUGUGACUAUUGGUGCUCCUCUAAAUUCGAGGGGUUGCGGAAUCUUGGCCGAGAGUCACGCUUCAAGUCAGAGGAUAUUGCACAGAACCGGGGUGGUUCACGAUCAUUCGUUCAGACCCAAAGCAUGUUGGAAAAAGAGCAUGGUGCUGCAGCAGCAACAAACAUGAACACUUACAAGUGCAUGAAGGCAGGAGUUAAGAAUUGUAUGGAGAAUGGAGAAAGUGGCCCCAUCAACAACAUUAAGGUCACAGAGCGUCUUAACACCUACUACACAGCUUUGAAAGCGGCAGAUCCACUACAUUGGAAGGACCGUGAUCUUGAUCCAAAAAUCAUGUACUCCUCCAGUGGUGGCAUGCCCCAUGGUCGACUAGCAAUAGGUGAUGGUGCUAUAAAGAAAUCAGUGGUUGUUGCAAAAGCUAGAGAGAAUGACAUAAGGCCAUCAAACUCCAUAUCCUACAACUAUUUAUUGAAGGAAAAUGCUCAACUGAAAAGGCACUGCAAGAAUAAUUUUAUUCUGAGCAAACAUGUACAGGGGUUUUAUGGCAAGCUGGGAUGGGAAGUACCCGAAGAUCUUCUUGCCUAUCAAGAUGAGCUAAUGGAUGGCAGUGACCUGAUGAAUGAAACACCCCAAGCCCAAGAGGAUGGUGGUACUCCCUUGACAGAUUAUUCACAUUCUGAAAACCAUGCUAAUGCUACUCAAAUGGAUGAUCAUGGUUCUACUCCAUCACAUGACAAUCAUUUAGGAAUGCCACUGUUAUAAUUUGUGCUUGUAUCGGGAACUAGGGUGCACUUAGCCUUUUAUUUGUGAAUUGCUACUACUGAUGGAAAUCUAGGACUCUAGUAUAUGUCUUUUUGUCUUGGUAAUAACUAGUGUUAAGUUGAGCUUUUGGUGAUUAUGUGAAUCUGGUGAACAUGGAGGUUUCAAUGUAAUGGAUUUAUAUUGUGCAUGAAUGGGAUAUCAUCUUAAAUUGUGCCA